AGUUAUCCUGACAAGGUAUCAGCUAGUGUCAGUGUCAUUACAAUUCUCAGAAAAAUAAAAACAAUGUCUUUAACAGCAACUUCCACUUCUCCCUUACAGCUCCCCUUCACUACCAGCAAUGGCAAUUACUUGCAAAGAAAUGAUUUUGGAGCUGUGGGCAUCUCAAGAUUUCUCAGCUCCAAGACUAAAGGGUCUCCUCUUAUCAGAUGCCAGUCGACCAGCACUGAAGAGCCGAAAACCAGGAACCCUUUGGACAAAGCUAGCAACCUGCUUACCAAUUUGUUAAGUGGGGGAAAUCUAGGGUCAAUGCCUAUAGCUGAAGGUGCAGUAUCUGAUUUGUUCAGUCGUCCCCUCUUCUUCUCACUGUUUGAUUGGUUCAUAGAGCAUGGAUCUGUGUAUAAACUUGCCUUUGGGCCAAAAGCAUUUGUUGUUGUAUCAGACCCCAUUGUAGCAAGACAUAUUCUUCGAGAAAACGCAUUCUCUUAUGACAAGGGAAUUCUCGCCGAUAUCCUAGAACCAAUAAUGGGAAAAGGACUUAUACCUGCUGACUUUGACACAUGGAAGCUAAGGAGAAAAGUAAUUGCUCCUGGGUUUCAUGCCUUGUACUUGGAAGCUAUGGUCAAGGUAUUCACUCAAUGUUCAGAAAGAUCAGUAUUGAAAAUUGACGAACUUCUUGAAGGAGAGGACUUGCAUGGCAAGAAGACAGUUGAGUUGGAUCUUGAAGCAGAGUUUUCAAGUUUAGCUCUUGAUAUUAUUGGCCUUGGUGUCUUCAACUAUGACUUUGGUUCAGUUACAAAGGAAUCACCCGUGAUUAAGGCAGUGUAUGGUGCUCUUUUUGAAGCUGAGCAUAGAUCCACUUUCUACGUUCCUUACUGGAAAUUUCCUCUAGCAAGGUGGUUAGUCCCCAGACAAAGGAAGUUUCAGAAAGAUCUCAAAGUUAUCAAUGAGUGCCUUGAUGGACUCAUACGAAAUGCGAAAGAGACCAGACAGGAAACAGAUGUUGAGAAACUGCAGCAAAGGGACUACUCAAAUCUGAAGGAUGCAAGUCUUCUACGAUUUCUAGUUGAUAUGCGGGGAGCUGAUGUUGAUGACCGUCAGCUAAGAGAUGACUUGAUGACAAUGCUCAUCGCGGGGCAUGAAACAACAGCUGCAGUGCUUACUUGGGCUGUUUUCCUUCUUGCACAGAAUCCCUCCAAAAUGAAGAAAGCUCAAGCAGAGAUUGAUCAAGUGCUGGGUCAGGGGAGGCUGACUUUCGAGUUGAUUAAACAGUUGAAGUACAUUCGACUUAUUGUGGUGGAGUCUCUUCGUUUGUAUCCUCAGCCACCAUUGCUGAUUAGACGCUCCCUCAAACCAGAUGUUUUGCCAGGAGGAUACAAAGGAGACAAAGACGGUUAUGCAAUUCCUGCUGGGACUGAUAUCUUUGUAUCGGUCUAUAAUCUCCAUAGAUCUCCAUAUUUUUGGGACAAUCCUAACGAAUUUGAACCAGAAAGGUUCUUAGUGACAAGAAAUAAUGAUGGGAUUGAAGGAUGGAGCGGCUUCGAUCCAUCUCGAAGCCCAGGAGCUCUAUAUCCAAAUGAGAUUAUAUCAGAUUUUGCCUUCUUACCCUUUGGAGGAGGCCCAAGAAAAUGCGUUGGGGAUCAAUUUGCGCUCAUGGAAUCAACCAUAGCUUUGACUUUAUUGUUACAGAAAUUCGACGUAGAGCUAAGAGGUUCCCCAGAGGAGGUAGAAUUAGUAACAGGUGCAACAAUCCAUACCAAGAAUGGACUGUGGUGUAGAUUGAAGAAAAGAUCUGAUGUCCAUUAACAUGCCAUUAGCAACAUUAUCCCUAGGGGGUGUCCUUGAAUAGAAACAUGAACCAUGGCAGCCGUGGUUGCUUUCACUUGGCUUAAGCCCGGGGUAUGAAGAGAAAGCCUCAUUUAUCCGAUAUCAAGUGUAUAGUUCAAGCUCAAUGCUGACAAGCUAUGGACUGACAUUUUUAUGAAUGGAUUAAAGAGAAAUCUUGAAUUCCAUUUUCAUAAAAUAGAGUUAUUUUCUA